GGGUCGAAUCGUGACCGACUUGAAUUACUGUAGCGGUUCCACUCCCAACACGACCGCUUCAUUUAUAUCCAUCCGUCUCGGACUCGUGUUAAACUUUCACACUCCUCCGUCGCUGCUGCUGUCUUUCUUCGCUGUCCAGCGAACGCAAGAUAGCUUCUUCGGAGUUUAGAGACUCAUUCUGUGGAGACGCUACCUACUCUGUCCCUGUAAGCACAGUUUCCUGCAAAUACGUGUAGUUUGCUCAUUUGCAGUUAGAUUUCAUUGAACGGCGCUAAAACUGUGCAGAAGUUUAAUCUGACAGGCAUCAUCUGCUGGCUUUCUUAACGAACCGACAAUGUCACCUGUACUCUCAGCUGCUUCUUUAAUUUCCCUUUCACCUGUUAACCAAUUCAAAUUCCAAAAAUUGAGAUGCCGUGAACAUGCUUCUUCGGUCCCAAGUUUCUUGGUUGUCCAAUGUAAACUUUCAAGGAUUUUCUCUCAAAAUACCUGUAAAAUGUUUGGGCAUAAAUCAGGUGGUAGUUGGAAACUUACGGCAAGGGAUUCCACGAGCUCUGGUAAUCAGUUUCUUAGUGAGGAAUAUGCUACAUCUUUAGAUGGGGAGAAUCAAGAGCAAGUGCCAGCUGACAACCUGGAUUCUCCAUGGGAAGGUGCAAUUAUUUACAAGAGAAACGCCUCAAUUUCACAUGUGGAGUACUGCACAACAUUAGAGAGGCUUGGGUUAGGAGAACUUUCAACUGAAGUUUCAAAAUCUAGGGCAUCAAUUAUGGGGUUACGAGUCACAAAUGCUGUCAAGGAUUAUCCGCUUGGAACUCCAGUUAUGGUUUCUGUGGAUGUGACGAGGAAGAGACAGAAGUUGAGGCUUGAUGGUAUUAUUAGGACUGUCCUCAGUCUAGAUUGCAACAGAUGUGGUGGACCAGCUGCUGAGUCGAUCUUCUCAAACUUCUCACUCUUACUCACCGAAGAACCUGUUGAAGAAUCAGAUAUCAUUGACAUGGGUGUAAUCUAUGGUGAUGACAAGUUCAAAUCUUCUAGUGGAGAUACCGCGGAGGAAGAUGAAGACGAUGAAUCAAUUGAUUUAGAUGAUCGGCUGCAUUUUCCUCCUGACGAGAAGGAAAUUGAUAUUUCGAAGAACAUAAGAGACACAGUGCAUAUAGAGAUUACCAUCAAUGCUAUAUGUGAUCCAAGUUGCAAAGGCUUAUGUCUCAAAUGCGGUACAAAUUUGAACACAGCUCAAUGUGGUUGUGGCAAAGAGGAGGUAGUAAAAGGAAAAGGUCAUGGUCCUGUUGGAGAUUUAAGAAAGCAAAUGCAGCCAAAAUGAGAGUAGAUAAAUUGCACUGCUGGGUCUUAUUUAUACCAUCUUCUGUUAUAUCAAUGUUCCAUUUCUUAUCCUGUGCAGUUGUGGGGGGAAGCAAAUGGAUUUUGUUCAAUCCAUGUUGUAAUUCAAUGCUCUGGACAAGGUCUUUUUUCAAGACUAUUUUUUUUAAAAAAAAAAAAAUUCCCUCUCUUCUUUUUUCAA